CUCUCUCUCUUCACUAUAAAUAUGAUACUCUUGUGCCUAGAAUUUUGCUUUUCUCAUACCAAUUAACUCUACCCUCAAAAUUAUCAACUUCAUCAUUCUCUUCCAUUCAAAAAGAUUAAAGAGAUGUGGAAGCUGAAAAUAGCUGAAGAUGGACCAUGGCUGAGCACAUUAAACAAUCACAUCGGAAGGCAACAUUGGGAGUUCGAUCGAGAGAGUGGAACCCCAGAAGAAGUUGGCCAAGUGGAAAAAGUUCGCCAAGAAUUUAAGAAGAAUCGGUUUCGAGUUAAACAAAGAGCAGAUAUGUUGAUGAGAAUGCAGCUUACAAAGGAAAAUCCUCGUGGGGAAAUUCCCGAAAGAGUGGAAGUUAAAGAAGGAGAAGAGAUAACAGAAGAAGCAGUGACUACUACACUAAGAAGAGCCAUAAGUUUUUACUCUUCCAUUCAAGCUCAUGAUGGCCAUUGGCCUUCUGAAUCUGCUGGCCCUCUCUUCUUUAUUCAGCCUUUGGUGAUAGCUUUGUACGUUACUGGAGGACUUAAUGCUGUAUUAUCAUCAGAACACCAGAAGGAAAUUAAACGCUACCUCUACAAUCAUCAGAAUGAGGAUGGAGGUUGGGGAUUACACAUAGAGGGUGAGAGCACAAUGUUUGGUUCAGCACUGAGCUACAUAGCCUUGAGAUUGCUUGGAGAGGGAACUGAAGAUGGAGAGGACAUGGCUAUAGCACGAGGCCGCCAAUGGAUCCUUGAUCACGGCGGUCUCGUGGCCAUUCCAUCUUGGGGAAAGUUUUGGGUUUCGGUACUUGGAAUCUAUGAGUGGUCCGGCUGCAAUCCUAUGCCCCCAGAGUUCUGGCUUCUACCUAAGAUCUUCCCUAUCCAUCCAGGAAAAAUGUUAUGCUAUUGCCGUUUGGUUUACAUGCCAAUGUCAUAUCUAUAUGGAAAGAGGUUUGUUGGGGCAAUCACCCCAUUAAUUCGAUCACUCAGACAAGAGCUUUACAAUGAACCAUAUCAUCUCAUUAACUGGAAUAAAUCCCGAAACACAGUUGCAAGGGAGGAUCUCUACUAUCCACAUCCUUUAAUUCAAGAUUUAACAUGGGGGUUUCUACACCAUGUUGCUGAACCUUUCUUCACACGUUGGCCCUUUUCUAUGAUGAGACAAAAGGCACUCAAAGUUGCAAUUCAGCAUGUACAUUACGAAGAUAAGAAUAGCCAAUACCUCUGCAUUGGAUGUGUUGAAAAGGUGCUAUGCCUUGUUGCAUGUUGGGCCGAAGAUCCAAAAUCAGAAGCAUACAAACGCCAUCUAGCUAGACUGCCUGAUUACUAUUGGAUUGCUGAAGAUGGCUUGAAAUUUCAGAGUUUCGGUUGUCAACUGUGGGAUGCAGCUUUUGCCAUCCAAGCAAUUAUCUCAAGUAAUCUAGUUGGAGAAUAUGGGCAAACACUUCGUAAGGCACACGAAUUUGUGAAAGCUUCACAGGUACGACAAAACCCUUCUGGCGAUUUCUCUUCAAUGUACAGGCACAUCUCUAAAGGUGCAUGGACAUUUUCGACACAAGACCAUGGUUGGCAAGUCUCCGACUGUACUUCAGAAGGAUUAAAGGCUGCACUCUUAUUGUCACAAAUGCCAUCACAUCUUGUUGGUCAAAAACUGGAAACAGAUCGCUUAUAUGAUGCUGUUAAUGUUAUUCUUUCCUUGCAGAGUAGAAAUGGUGUUUUCCAGCUUGGGAGCCCCAAAGAGCAUUCCGAUGGUUGGAGGUUCUUUGAAGACACUCUAAUCGACACGAGUAAUGUUAUGGCAACUAAGUACAGAAAGUUAAAUCCCGAGCAUCGAAGGAAGGAAAUAGAUAGUUGUAUCUCAAAAGCAAUUCGUUACAUUGAAGACACACAAAAGCUGAUGGUUCAUGGUAAGGCUGAAGUGAUCCUACACCCAUUCAUCGCGGAAAGGGUCUUGAUCAAUUCACAGAUGGAAGAUGGUGACUUCCUCAACAGGAAAUACAGGAGUUUAUGA